AUGGCCAUCAGGCAGAGGCCCGACGAGUCCCUAAGGAAUUUCAUGACCCGUUUCAAUACGGAGAGCUUGCAGAUCAGAGACAAGGACGAAAAAGUGGUCAUGGCUGCCUUCAUGAAUGGGCUCAGGGUGGAAGACCUCUUCUACAAGUUGGCCGAGCAGCCUCCUGAAAAUCUGGAGGAGCUCCUGAAGAGGGCGCACGCGGCCGCCAAUGCUGAGGAGGCGGCCUGCCUGAAGAAGGAAUCAGAUCGGGAGCUCGGCGAUCGGAGAGGACGGACAAACCCCCCCGAGAACAAAAAGGGUCUGGCCAAGACGAACGUAUUUGACCGGCUCUCAAAGGAAAAGGCCCCUGCUCCGACACCGCUCCCAGAGAAAAGCUACACCCCCCUGACUCGGCCCAGGGCCCAGAUCCUGGCCGUCAUGGAGGCAGAGGGCCUGGGAGGUCGGCCACCUAAGAUGGGAACACCUCGGAACAAAAGAAAUCAGGACCGGUACUGUGCCUUCCACCGUGAUGUCGGGUAUAAUACGGAGGGGUGCUGGGCCCUGCAAAGGGAGAUUGAGGAUUUGAUCCAGCGCGGCUUCCUGGGACGUUUCGUUCAGCAAGGUCGGCUAGGUCGGGAGCUAGGUCGGACCUACCGUGGAGACAGGGACGAGGGCUAG